AUGCCUUCUGGGGAUUGUCUGUGCGGAAAAAUUGGCUUUGAACAUUUCGUUGAGCCAGCGGUAACUGCGCUGUGCUAUUGCCUCGACUGCCAACGUUGGGGCGGCGGUGGCUACAGCUCUAACGUGGCCGUUUCGACUACGGACUUCAAGAUCACCAAGGGAGUCCCCAAGAAAUUUGUCAGAAAGGGUGGUUCUGGAUUGAAUCACCCUCAUUUCUUUUGUGGUGACUGUGGCACAAGUCUCUACUCCCAACCUGAGGCUAUGGCCGGCACCACACUGACCAAAGCCGGAUCUCUGAACGACGAUGCUUCGGAUAUUUCCAUCAAGGUUGAGUUUUUCACCAAGGAUCGCCGAAACUACGGUGUCCCGGUCCAGGGUGCUCGGCAGCUCAAGACCAUGAACUAG